AUGGUUGUUGGCGGGCAAGUUUUGCAUGAGUUAGAGGUCAAGUGUGUGCGCGCAAGCCAAGCAUGGGAGCUGACGGACACACUUGAGCUCGCUAAACUCAUCCAACAAACCCUCACCGAUAUAAUUGACAAUAUUGAAGUCGUACAAGGCGAUGGACAAGCCGGAACUAUUAUCAAAUUAACAUUUGCACCGGGAGUACCGGGCCCUAGAUGGCAAGAGGAGAAGUUCACAAUGGUAGAUAAUGAAAAGCGGGUGAAAGAAGUAGAGAAAGAAGCAGACAACAUUGAUAAGUAUCUUCUGCGCAUCAAGCAUGCCAGAGACCAAUUGAGCUCGGUUAGUGUUAAUCGGAUAGAUGAAGACAUUGUUGUGGUGACAUUAAAUGGUCUACCAGAUGAAUACUCAAUGAUCAAGAAUGUCAUAAGGGCAUGCAAGAGACUCACCUAUCUCCUUGAAGGACUUUAG